UUUUGUCUCACACUUCAUUCUUCUCCCUGAAGAAACCGCUGCUGCCCUGUGAUAAUACAUAGCCAAACAACAUUCUUUCAAGAAAAGCGGACACAGGGAACCAUGAAUGCCACUUUCCUUCAACUCACCAACGGAUCCCUCAACUCCACGGACCGCUGCCCCAGAGAUACCCGGAUUACUCAUUUGGUCUUCCCAGCCCUUUACACCACCGUGUUCUUUGCUGGGAUGUUACUGAAUAGCUUGGCUUUAUGGGUUUUCUUUAGGAUUCCCAGCUCGUCCACCUUCAUAGUCUACCUUAAAAAUACCCUAGUGGCGGAUCUGAUAAUGACCCUGACUCUCCCUUUCAAAAUUCUCUCAGACGCAAGCCUCGGACCCUGGCAAAUCCGAGCUUUUGUCUGUCGUUUUUCAGCAGUGAUCUUUUACGAGACCAUGUACAUCGGCAUCAUCUUGCUUGGGCUCAUCGCUUUUGACCGCUUCCUCAAGAUCAUCCGGCCCUUUGGGAAGUUCUGCGUGCAGAAGCCCGCCUUUGCCCAAAUUCUUUCUGUCCUGGUCUGGCUCGCCCUGUUCUUCCUCUCCUUGCCGAAUAUGAUCUUAUCUAACAAGGAAGCCACGCCACAGUCUGUCAAAAAGUGUGCUUCCCUAAAGGGCCCCUGGGGCCUUACGUGGCACAAAGCAGUCAAUUAUGUGUGUCAGUUUAUCUUCUGGACUGUUUUCUCUCUCAUGCUUCUGUUUUAUGUGGUGAUCGCCAAGAAGGUAUAUGAGUCCUUCAGAAAAUCCAAAAGUAAAGAUGCCCAAAGCAACAAAAAUCUCGAAGGCAAAGUCUUCAUUGUCGUGGCCGUGUUCUUUGUCUGCUUUGCCCCUUUCCAUUUUGCAAGGGUCCCCUAUACUCACAGCCAAACUAAUAAUAGCAAGACGGACUGCACUGUGCAGAACCAGCUGUUCCUGGCUAAGGAAGCUACUCUCUUUCUGGCCACAACCAACAUCUGCAUGGAUCCCCUGAUAUACAUAUUCUUAUGUAGGAAAUUCACAGAAAGGCUGCCCUGUGUGAGGAAACUGAAAAAGACAAGCCAAGAACAUCACACCACUCAAACUGAUAACAUAACUUUAAGCUGACAGAAUUUGUGAGUAACCACCCCCCAUUAAGCAUGUGGGCUUAGAAGAAACGUUGUGGCAUGGUUUUGUCUACUUUGGCUGGGGAAAUGGAAUUUAAGGGUUAAAACAAGGUGCUGGGGCAGGGGAAAGGGAAUGAUAUGACUGGAAUGUACGGGCUCGGCUAUUACUUGAUUUUUCAUGCAUGUUGCAUAGAAAGGCUAUAGUUAAUUUUAAUUUCUGAAUGCUAUGUAUGAAGAAAGGGUUGAUUCAAAUGAAGGGAAUUGUCUGUUAAGACUUGGGAGGAAACAAAAAGUUACUUCAUCUGAGAAAGGGUUGAUUUAUAUGAAAAGAUCUAGUUCUCUGAAGAGAAUGUUUGACCACUAAAGGUUACUUCCAACUUAAAAUAAAACAAUAGCUUUACAAUAUUGGGGAGGGGGGAGUUAUUUGUUAAUACCUACACCCCAGAGCGAUCAUCAAGCUCUCUCUAAAACCUUGAAAUUCCCCUGGUGUACUACUUCCCACUGGUGGCAUUUCUGAUGAAUCCUUACCUUAUGGACAAAUGACUUUAUUUGUUAGCUGUGGUCAGUUCUACAUCUCCCUGUGUCUGCCAGAGUCCAAUGGCAUAAUCGCUUCUCUAAAAGUUUCUUACUCUAGUUGUUUAACAGACAGACAUACUGUUUCCAUAACUGAAUGUCUGGCCCAAUUUCUCUGGUUAUUAAGGGUCUCUUCCCCUAGCUCCCCCUCCAGCGACACACACUACCCUGUGAGGCCUUGGACAAAUCACUUAACCACUCUGGGCCUAGGGUGCUUCAUCUAUAAAACAGAGGAGGUGGAGUCAGUGACUUCUGAGGCCCCUCUCGAGACCUAUGAUCAUAUGAUCCAGCUUUUAUAUCCUUUAUCUGUGCACGUGUUGUUUUCCUGCUACUAGACUGUAAUCUCCUUGAGGGCAGAAUAGUUGCUUUAUCAUCUUUUUAUCCCUAACCUCUAUGUGAAUGGAAUGAAAUUUCAGAAUCUUUUAUUAUUUCUGUAAUCCAGAAAAUGGAACAAUUCUAGAUCAUGGAAUGUUAGAUUCAUCAAGGAUUUUAGAGAUCAUUGGGGGCAACCCUGACAUUUUAUAAAUGAGGAAACUGAGGUCCAGUGAAGUUAAGGGACUUUAUCCAACGUUAUAUAGCCAGUAAGGGGGAAGAAGAUUCAGAAUUUGAACUCAGGUCUUCGAAUUCAAAAUACACAGCUCCUUCCACUACUCUAAGGUGACUCUCAGGUGCUUAUCAUCUGUUUGCUUUUAAAGAAACAGAAAAUAGAAACAGAAAACCCAAACGGGCUUGGUUAGAAGAAGACAUAGAGAUUGUGAGGAAGAAGUUUAUUAGGUAUUCUCUUCCCAAACUUCGGAUCUCAAAUGGAUUAUUUAACUGAACCUCCACUUCUUAGGAUCCCGAACUCACUCCAAAGUUCCAUUCAGAUUCUACCUACCAUGGGAAGCCAUUCAGGACCUUUCCCUCCACCCCCACAAUCCAAUUGUUAGCAUUCUUUCCUUCUUCAAAUGACCAUACAUGUUGUUGUUGUUAUU